CCUCUCUCCCCCAAUCCUCUCUUCUAGCCACGGCCGCAUGCUCGCUCGCACGCGCCCGCGCCGCCGUUCUACUUCCAAGUACAGCUCGCCUCGGCUUGCCAGCGCCAUCUUUUCUUCCUCCCACUCCCUCACCUGACCGGUCUGAUUCUGGGUCGAUGUCGGUCACCAUGGUCCGACCCAUGGUCGGAGGAGAGCGGAGACCUGCGGUAGCAGCAUGGCGCGGACACGGGGAACGGAGAUCAGUGAAGGCCUUCCGCGGAAGAGUGGCGGGGAAGAGAAGCGACGGGGAAGCGCACUGCCGCGCUCACAUGGCCGACCAAGGUAGGCAUGUGCCUGAAGACAUUUGAAUUCAUGAACCAGAUCUCGAAAAUGUAGAUUUCCAAGCAAAAAUGGGCAAAGCGCCUCUAAUCGCUCUCCCCCCACAAUAGGCUUGCCAUUUGUUGCCAUGCAACCAACGAGCGUCCAGCACCAAGCAAACGAGAGAAAGAAAGAGUGGGUGUGAGCACUGAGCAUGGAGCUCGCCUUGGGGGCCAUGGCCAGCUUGGCCCCCAAGCUGGGCGACCUGCUCAUGGAGGAGUAUGUCGUGCACAAGGGCCUCAAGCCCGACAUCGAGUCCCUCUCCGAUGAGCUUGUGAUGAUGAACGCCGCCCUCCUUGACGCGUCCCGGAUUCCACCUGACCAGCUCACUGCGGUGGAAAAGCUCUGGGCACGCAAGGUCCGGGACCUGUCGUAUGACAUGGAGGACGCCAUUGACGAUUUCAUCCUGCGUGUGGCUGGUGGUGACAACUCAGCCACCGACUCCAAACUCUUAAAGAAGAUCCUUGUGAAGGUCAAGGACGUGAUGUCAAUAAAGAAGCUCAAGGAUCGACGCCAGAUCUCCGACAAGGUCAAAGACAUCAAGAAACUCUCCAGUGAGUUGGCUGAGCUUCGUGCCAAGUACACAGUAAGGGGUGCAGGUGCUGAUCUUGCUGCGAGCAUCGGCAUUGACCCCCGUGUCAUCAAUCUGUACAAGAAAGAGUCGGAUCUCGUUGGCAUCCAGGAGUCAAGGGACAAAGUCAUCAGGAUGCUGUCUUUAGGGACCAAAUAUGAUGAUGCGCAUGCGUCUCAUCAGGAUCUAAAGAUAGUCUCUAUAGUCGGGGUUGGAGGAUUAGGUAAGACUACUCUAGCCAAAACAGUGCACGAUAUGCUUAAGAAGCAAUUCAGCCCUUCUGCUUUUAUUUCUGUUGGUAGAACUCCUAAUCUGAAUAGAACAUUCGAGAAGAUUCUAGUGGAACUUGAUGCCAAGUAUAAGCAAGUUGACAUGACCAGAUGGGAUCUAGAACAAUUUGGAAAAGAACUGCAUGAAUUCUUACAGAACAAGAGGUACUUGAUCGUUGUUGAUGACAUAUGGGAUGUUGGAUCAUGGGAAGCGAUCAGAUAUGGCUUGAAGAACAAUAAUUGUGGAAGUAGAAUAAUCAUGACUACUCGGAAUUUUGAGCUUGUCACGAAAGUAGAAGAGGUUUAUAGAUUAAAACCUCUUUCUAAUGAAAACUCUAAGAAACUAUUUUACAAAAGAAUACAAAGUCAGGAAGGAGAAAGUCUUGAUGAUGAACUGUCCACUGAAAUCAUAGAUAAAUGUGGCGGCAUACCAUUGGCUAUCAUUGCAAUAGCUAGUUUGUUGGUUGAAAGACCAUGUGAGGAGUGGUCAAAAGUGUAUCACUCAAUCAGUCUUGGGAAUGGAGACAAUACAACAAAGAUAUUGUCCUACAGCUACUAUGAUCUUCCUUCUUAUCUCAAGCCAUGUCUACUGCAACUAAGCAUAUUUCCUGAAGACUAUCAGUUUGAUACAAAUGCUGCAAUAUGGAUGUGGAUAGGUGAGGGUCUAGUCCAUCUUGAGAAAGAGGAGGGUAGCCUAUUUGUGGUUGGAGAAAGAUAUUUCAAGGAGCUUGUGAAUAGAAGCAUGAUCCAGCCGAUAGAGGACAAAUAUGAUCGGUUGGUAGAAGUAUUCCGUAUUCACGACAUUGUAUUUGAUCUUAUCCGUAAGUUGUUGAAAGAUGAAGACUUCAUUACCCUUUUGGACAGCGGUGGGCAACAUUCACCUCAAGCUAGUUUAAGAAGAGAGAAGAAAACAUGUGUGCCUCGCUCUGACUGCAAGCUACGUCGGCUGGCUGUCCGAAAUCACCAUGUGCAGCGCUUCCCUGAAGACAUCAUGGACAUACCAGAGGCGUUGAGGUCACUUAACAUUAUAUAUUGUAAUAUUGCGAUUAUGACCCCACUUCAUAGUUUCAGAGUCUGUCGUGUGCUAUGUAUAGAAUACAGCUAUGUACCGAUCAGCCUAAAGCAUCUAGGGAAGUUGUUGCAUCUCAAGUACCUAGAGCUAUAUGGCACGCCUGUUGAUGAGCUCCCUAAGGAAAUUGGGCAUCUGAGGUCUCUUCAGACACUGUUAUUAGUCAAUACUGGACUAGACGAGCUGCCACCGGCUGUUUGCUCGCUUACACGGCUGAUGUGCCUGAUGGCUGAGGGGUUCAAAAGGUUGCCAGCUGACAAGAUGGGGAACCUAACGUCCCUGGAGGAGCUACGGCUAGAGAGCAUAGUUGGUCAGAGUGCCACCCAAGCCCUAGUGGCAGAGCUUGGCAAGCUGACGAGGUUGAGGGUGGUCAACAUCACCUUUUCAGAGGAGCUUGAGGAGAGCUUGCAAGAAGCAUUGGUGCAAUCUCUGUUCAAUCUGUGGGGACUUCAGGAGCUAGCACUUUCUUCUAAAUGGUCGCAGCAGGGAAGCGCUAUGUGGGGAGACUGGGAGCCACCAAGGCAGCUCAGGCGCCUGAUUAUUAAAGGUAUCAUCUUCUCACGACAGCCUCGAUGGAUCAACCGCUCUUGCAUGGCACACCUCUGCUUCUUAUCUCUGGCGGUGCACGCUGUUGAAGCACAGGACCUAGAUAACCUAGCGAGGUUGCCAGAGCUCCGGUACCUCAAGCUAGAUGGUGUCAGCUGGCCUCCAAGGUAUGAUACUGGCCCGGACGACUUCAGGAAUCUGAGGUUCUGCGAUGUGGGUACAAUGCUCGUGUUUCAUAUGGGCGCCAUGCCAAGGCUUGAAGAGCUGGUGUUUGGAGUUUGUGCAGGAUACUGGAGUUGGGAACACAAUGGUGUGCUGUUGGAGCAGUGCCCAACAAUGGAUGUGAUUGAAGAUCUUGACUUGGGCCUGGAUAACCUCCUUUCACUUGAGCAAGUCACGGUCGUAGUCGACUGUUCAGGCGCUACUGCUGCAAAAGUGCAGGAGGUGGAGGCCGUGGUCAUGCGUGCCAUGGAAAAUCAUGCCAACCGUCCAACCAUAAAAAUGGAACGAGUAUGUGAAAACUUCAUCUUAUCUGACAAAGAGCAGGAGGAUCUGCUUCAGCGACGCAUUGAAAAGGAAGGCCGCUUGCUCGAGUUCAAGGAUAAAUCUGAUGCUUUCUUCAUCACAUUCCUGCGGUUGCUUCGACAUCCUCUAAAAUCCGUUAUUUCCCACGACUGUGCGGGUGCCAGCAUGUGCGAGGUGCAGAAAGUGGAACCAGCUUGGAGACAUGCAGCCGAGGUUCAUCCUAACCAUCCAAGUAUUGAACUGAUCAGAAAAAACAACGACGAAAUUGCCUCCUCAUCUGACCAUCCCAACACAGAGCUCAGGAAUUGAUAACUCGGUAUGUCCAAUCCUUCCAAACCAGCCGCAGCUUUCACGUUGUCUCAUCCCUUCCUACGGGCUUGGAGAUUUUAGAUGCUAUAUUUAUCGAGUGAUCUAGACGACAUGAUUGAGGGUCUAUAUAUCGUGUGUUUAUGACUUAUGUAUUGUGAGGUUAAAAUUUAUGAGAGGACAUGUAUGAUUCAUUAUGUGUGGUCAAGAUUGCAUUGUGUGUAAUUGAGAUUUGUAUGUGGAUGUAAAUGAAUAAUUGUGUGUUUAAGAUUUAUGUAUUGUGUGGUUAAAAUUUAUGAGUGAACAUAUACGAUCAA